GGAUUCUCUAAUAUUUUUGAAAUGUCAGACUUUAACACCUCUGAAGUAAAAAUCUCUACAUUUUUCCUGAUUGGGAUUCCAGAGAUGGAGCAUAUCCACAUUUGGGUCUCCAUCCCCAUAUGUCUUAUGUAUCUUGUUGCCAUCCUAGGAAACUGCACCAUCAUCUUUUUCAUAAAAACAGAGACCUCUCUGCAUGAGCCUAUGUAUUACUUCCUCUCCAUGCUGGCAUUUUCUGACCUGGGACUCUCCAUCUCCUCCCUUCCAACCAUGCUGAGAAUCUUCUUGUUCAAUGCCACAGCAAUUUCCCCGGAUGCCUGCUUUGCCCAGGAAUUUUUCAUUCAUGGAUUCUCAGCUAUGGAGUCAUCAGUACUUCUCAUUAUGUCUGUUGACCGUUUCAUAGCCAUCCAUAACCCCUUGAGAUAUACUUCUAUCCUUACCAGUGACAGAGUUAUUAAAACUGGCCUUAUAUUUGCUAUGAAAAGUAUUUUGUUGGUCCUCCCUUUCCCUUUUAUUCUUAAGAGACUCACAUUUUGUAAGAAAAGUCUUUUAUCUCACUCCUAUUGCCUCCACCAGGAUGUCAUGAAGCUGGCCUGCUCUGACAACAGGGUCAAUGUCAUCUACGGAUUUUUUGUGGCUCUCACAGCUAUGCUAGACUUAUCGUGCAUUUUUGUCUCUUACAUGCUGAUCCUGAAGAUAGUUCUGGGCAUUGCCUCACACAGGGGUCGUCUCAAGGUCCUCAACACCUGCAUUUCCCACAUCUCUGCAGUGCUCAUCUUCUAUGUGCCUAUCAUCACAUUGGCUGCCCUUCACCGCUUUUCCAAAAGUGUCCUCCCAGUUAUUCGGAUCAUAAUAGCUGAUGUCUUCCUUCUAGUUCCUCCUCUGAUGAAUCCCAUUGUGUACUCUGUGAAGAGUCAACAGAUGAGAAAUCUGAUCUUGGUGAAAUUAUGUGAAAAACAGCAUUGA